AUGGAUAAUAUAGAAGUGGGUAAUAAUAGAGAAGUGAAAAUAGGAGAGGUGGGUAAUAUAGAAGUGAGUAAUAAUAGAGAAGUGGAUAAUAUAGAAAUGGGAAAAGUGAAUAAUAAAAGUGAAAAAGUAAGUGAUAAUUUAAAAAUAGAAGAAGUAGAUAAUAUAGAAGUGGGUAAUAAUAGAGAAGUGGAAAUGGAAAAAGUGGAUAAUAUAGAAAUAGAAGAAGUGGGUAAUAUAGAAGUGAAAAAAGUAG